AUGAACCAGUUUCAAGUCGCCCCGCCGGAAAAAUUCACGUUCAGAGCAGAAGACUGGACGAAAUGGAUAAAGCGUUUCGAGAGGUUUCGCAUCGCGUCUGGUUUGGAGACACAAGCGGACGAAAACCAAGUAAAUACGCUGAUAUACACCAUGGGGGACGAGGCAGAAGAUAUACUGGUUUCCCUGCAUCUGACUCCACAAGAAGCGAGUGAGUACGACACAGUUAAGGGACGGCUGGAUGCUCACUUCGUAGCCCGCAGGAACGUUAUAUUUGAGCGGGCUAAAUUUAAUCAGCGACAACAGGAGACGGGUGAGUCCAUUGACGGCUUUCACACCGCGUUACACUGUCUGGCUGAAUACUGUGGAUACGGGACGCUGCAUGAUGAGAUGGUGCGGGACAGAUUCGUCGUGGGUCUGAGAGAUAAAAGACUAUCAGAACAGUUACAAAUGGACCCUGAACUGACGCUAGAGAAAGCGUUAAACAGAGCCCGUCAGAGCGAGCUAGUGAAAAAGCAACAGGAGAUGCUUCAUGCUAACUUUAAGUCAGACGUAGCUGGCGCGCAGUUGGACCGCGUUCACGCGAGCGGGAGCGUGCGGCCUAGACAGCCGAAGGCGCCGCCCAAAUAUGUCGUCACAAAAGCAAGACAGGAUAAAAAGGCACAGUGCAGAAGAUGCGGUGACACGAAAGGACACAGUAUGCAGCAAUGCCCUGCUAGAGAAGCAGCCUGCAAUUAUUGUGGGAAAAAGGGACAUUUUGCUAGGGUCUGCAGAAAUAAAAAAAUAUGUGAAGUGAAUGCUGGGUUUGCCACAGAAAGCACAGAGACAAAUAAUGAUGUUGCUUUCCUGGGAUCACUUUCUGCAGAAGUUAAAGACAAUCCAUGGAUGAUGGACAUUCUGGUGGACAAACAUAAGACUGUAUUUAAAAUUGACACAGGAGCUGAUGUCACUGCUGUCCCAGAAACACUGUAUUCUCAGCGCCAAUUUGGUAAGUUAGAGAAACCAAAGAAAAUCCUGCAGGGACCAGGAGGUACUGGAUUAAAGGUGAAAGGCAUGUUUACAGCAACACUCAGCAACAACAGUGUUAGUACUGAGGAGGACAUUUAUGUUGUGAAGGAUUUAUGUACAUCAUUGCUGAGUGGGCGUGCUGCAAUGGCAUUAAAAUUAGUUGCCAGGGUGAACCAAAUAAGUUUGGACUCCAUUGAUGCUGUGAAGCAGGAGUUUCCUAAACUUUUCAGAGGACUAGGACUGAUGGAGGGCGAGUAUAACAUUGUUCUGUCACCUGAUGCGCAGCCUUUCUCCCUCUCAACGCCGAGGCGCAUAUCCCUCCCCCUACUGCCGAAGGUUAAAGAGGAGCUCAACCGUAUGCAGCAGGAAGGGGUCAUCACCAAAGUGGAGGAGCCAACAGACUGGUGUGCACCUAUGGUGGUUGUCCCUAAGAGCUCUGGCAAGGUGAGGAUAUGCAUUGAUCUCACAGAACUGAAUAAAUAUGUCAUGAGAGAAAAACACCCACUGCCAUCAGUUGAGCACACGCUCGGACAGCUAGCAGGAGCAAAAGUGUUCUCCAAAUUGGAUGCCAAUGCUGGAUUCUGGCAGAUUCCACUGUCAAGGGAGUCUUCCCUGCUCACCACCUUCAUUACACCUUUUGGGCGCUAUUGCUACAAUCGGCUCUGCUUUGGGAUUUCAUCAGCACCAGAGCACUUCCAGAAACGCAUGACACGGAUUCUAGAGGGCCUGGAUGGAGUCCUUUGUCAGAUGGAUGAUGUCCUCAUCUGGGGGACGACACAGCAGGAGCACGAUGAAAGACUGAGGAAGGCACUGUUUCGACUCCAGGAAGCGAAAGUAACACUGAAUGACAAAUGUGAGUUUUCUAAACGCAGCAUAAAGUUCUUGGGACAAAUUAUUGAUGCAUCAGGAGUGAGUCCAGACCCUGAUAAAGUGAGUGCUAUAAGAGCCAUGGAGGAGCCCAAAAAUAUAAGCGAGGUGAGACGCUUCCUGGGUAUGGUGAACCAUCUUGGGAAGUUCCUCCCACACCUGGCAGAGAAAACCCGACCGUUGAGAGAUCUUCUGAAGAAGUCAAACAUGUGGUUAUGGGGUCCACCACAGCAACGAGCUUUCGACGCCAUUAAAACAGAUCUGACGACACCACCAGGACUAGCGUUGUAUGACCCGAAUGCAGAGACAUGCGUUUCAGCAGAUGCAUCAUCGUAUGGACUCGGUGCAGUUCUUCUCCAGAAACACCCUGAUACAGGAUGGAGGCCAGUGGCAUAUGCAUCACGGUCUCUCAGCGAGACAGAGCAGAGGUAUGCUCAGAUUGAGAAAGAGGCUCUCGCUUCAACAUGGGCCUGUGAGAGGUUCGCAGAGUUUCUGAUCGGGAAGAGGUUCCACAUUGAAACCGAUCAUAAGCCGUUAGUCCCGCUGCUGGGGUCGAAGAGUCUAAAUGAGCUUCCUCCUCGCAUACAGCGACUGCGAAUGAGACUAAUGAGAUUUUCCUACAGUAUUUCCCAUGUGGCUGGCAAAAAUAUCGCUACAGCUGAUGUCUUGUCUAGAGCUCCAAUCCUCAACGAGUUGGGAGGACUGCAAGAAGAGGAGGUCAACUUGUACGUUGACUCAGUCGUUGCAUGUUUACCUGCCACGGAACCACGACUGAGGGAAAUCCAGAGACAUCAGGAUGGCGACAGUGUACUCCAACAGCUGAAAAAGUUCUGUGUGGACGGAUGGCCAGAUAAAUACUCUAUUGAAAAAGGUUUCCAGCCUUAUCUGCCGUUUUCAGGGGAACUUACUGUCCAAAAUGGUCUGCUUCUGUAUGGUAGCAGAAUAGUGAUUCCAGCUUCUCUCAGGAAGGACAUUCUAUCGAAGCUGCAUGAGGGUCACUUGGGGAUAACUAAAUGUAGAGAAAGGGCCAAACAUUCAGUGUGGUGGCCAGGUCUCAGCAGUGAGCUGAUUAAGCUGUUGGAGACCUGUGACACAUGUUGUCGGGAGAGAACUAAACACAAAGAGCCACUACUGUCCACUGAAUUUCCACAAAGACCAUGGGUCAUGGUGGGAGCUGAUCUAUUCCAGUUUAAGGACAAACAAUACUUGAUUGUUGUGGAUUAUUUUUCCAGAUUCUUUGAAGUUGUAAAACUUACAUCCACAACAUCUGAGGGAGUGAUCGAACACUGUAAGUCCAUCUUUGCACGCCAUGGCAUACCAGAACGUCUCCGUUCUGAUAAUGGGCCACAGUUUGCUUCGGAUUCCUUCAAAAGAUUUGCACAAGAAUGGGGUUUCAGUCAUGAAACAUCCAGCCCAAAUUUCCCUCAAAGCAACGGGGAGGCUGAGAGAGCUGUCAGAACUGUCAAGAAUCUCCUUAAAAAGGCGGGGGAUCCGUAUCUUGCUCUUAUGGCCUACCGUUCAGCUCCAUUAGCGAAUGGAUUCAGUCCAACUGAGCUUCUCAUGGGAAGGAGGAUAAGGACAACUGUUCCUGUUACUCAGUCGCAGCUAACGCCAAAGACGAUUGAUGUGGAAAAGCUGAGGACUGCGGAGAACAACUACAGGCAGAAACAAACACAAAACUACAACCGGAGGCACCGGGCACGCAACAUGUCACUCCUACGUCCAGGGGCGAAUGUGUGGGUGACAGAUCUGCAAACCAGAGGAACAGUGGUGUCUGGAGCAGGGUCGCCUCGAUCCUACAUCAUCGAGACACCCAGAGGCAAGCUGAGAAGGAAUAGCUACCAUCUUUCACACACUCCGGGAGCAGCCAAAACAUCUGUUGUUACACCUGAGACUUCUGCUGUUCCACACGAGACAUUACCUGAAGAAAAUCUUAACAAUUCUUCACACACACCGGUUCCAGAUGAAGACCAGCAGGAGGAUAGCCAUCAGACUCCACCACAUGAGAGUCGAGUUUCACUGAGGAACAGGAGACCUCCAGCCUAUCUGGAUGAUUAUAUUCGUUCAUAG